UACCGAAAUACAAGAAAGGCUAGGUUUUAGUUCUAUACAAAUAAACACUAUUGGGAGUGCUUGUAAUUAUGGUGUAUAUCUGGGCAAACCAGUUACCGGCUAUUUUGCUGACCAUUAUGGUGCUAGAAGAGUAUGCCUUGUCGCAUCAAUCCUCAUUUUUUCUGGCUUUUCCUGUCUUGCAUUAACUUAUGAACAAAUUUUUCCACCAUCGGUUUUUUUAAGUGCUUUUUAUUUGUUUUGUACUGGUGUUGCCUCAUCAGGAGGUGCGGUAUCAUUUCUCACAACAAUUGCAAAAAAUUUUUCUACACAUCGAGGUACCGCAAUAAGUAUUCCACUCGCGUUACUUGGCCUCUCUGCAUUUAUAUACUCUCAAGCAAAUAUAUAUUUGUUCGAUGACACCUUCCAUUUUUUACUCUUCGUGGCCUUCACUUCCGGACUAUGUAUGUUUGUUGGUAGCUUGUUUUUAAUUGUCAUACCAGCUCCUCACCAUACAUCCAGCGCCAUUGAAUCGGGCGGUGAUGAUUCAAUCUUUAUAGAAAGUGAUAAUGAAACCUCCGUAGAUAGUGUUUCGUCACCUGCAAAAGGGAUGAACACUGAACAAACUCCUCUGCUUAAUAAAAAUGUUUCUACCUCUUCCUCCAUAAAUGCUAACGUUGACAGUGAGCCAGAUAUAAGUGGAUGGCAAUUACUUCAUAAUAAAGAUGCUAUCUCAUUAAUCCUUAUCUUAGUAUUUUUAGCUGGAACUGGAUUAAUGUACAUAAAUAAUGUCGGUACAAUCAUUGAAUCCCUUUAUCAUGCCUCCCCAGCUCAUCCUUCUCAUCCUUAUUCCACCUCCCCAUUAAACACUUCCCUACAAACUACAUUCAAUGACGACAUCAAACACCUUCAAUCUUUUCACGUCUCACUCCUUUCAGUAUGUUCAUGCCUCGGAAGAAUUCUCAUAGGCCCUCUUUCAGACAUAGCAAAAAAUUAUUUCAAUCUAUCUAGAAUUUGCGCUUUAAUAUUUGCUGGUGCUUGGCUAUUUUGUGGACAUUUAUUGGCCCUUUUAUGGGCUCGGACUAUAGCCCAGCUAUGGAUUGUUACAACUUGUAUAGGACUUGGCUUUGGGAUCUUGUAUGGGGUUGCUCCAACUACUUGUAGCGAGUAUUUUGGUUCGAAACGGUUUGGAUUUAAUUG